GACGUCAAGCGCAGGAGCCAGUUGCCGGCGCCCGUGUCGGGCGACGAGUUCUCGAUGCUGAGCAUGCUGCGCAAGAACGUCGGCAAGGACCUGUCGACCAUCUCGUUCCCUGUCACGAUGAACGAGCCGCUGUCGGCGCUGCAGCGCGUCGCCGAGGAGCUCGAGUACUCGGAGCUGCUCGACCGCGCCGCUCAGGCGACCGACCCUGUCGAGCGCAUCACGCUCGUCGCGGUGUGGGCCGUCAGCGGCGCGUCGAGCAAUAAGUACAGGGGCUCGCGCAAGCCUUUCAACCCGCUCCUCGGCGAGACGUACGAGUGCAUCAGGCCCGACAAGGGUUUCCGCUUCAUCUCCGAGAAGGUCUCGCACCACCCGCCCGUCAUCGCCUUCCUCGGCGACGCUCCUGAGCGAGGCUGGCAGAUCUGCGGCUACACGUCGCCGAGCACCAAGUUCUGGGGCCGCUCGAUGGAGAUCUUUGUCGAGGGCGAGUUCUGCGUCCGCUUCUCCGACAACGACGAGGUCCUCACGAUCCGCAAGCCGUCGUCGUUCGUGCGCAACUUGGUCGCCGGUACCAAAUACCUCGAGGUGGUCGGCGACCUCGUCGUCACGACGUCGCUCUCGUCGGCGCAGGCGACCGUCGCGUUCAAGGAGGGCUCGACGUGGGGCGGCCUGAGCGGGCGCAACAAGAUCGAGGGCAAGGUGACGGACGCGAGCGGGAGCGUCGCCGUCGAGCUCGUCGGGCGGUGGGACGACGCCGUCGACAAGAAGGAGGGCAAGAACAACUUUACGCGCCUGUGGCAGGUGGCUGAAUUCCCUCCCAACCCCGAGCGAUACUACGGCUUCUCGCGGUUCGCCGUCACCCUCAACGAGACGACCAAGCUCGAGGAAGGCCUCGUUGCGCCGACCGACUCGCGCCUGCGUCCCGACCAACUCGCGUUCGAGCGCGGCGACAUUGACGAGGCCGAGCGGGUCAAAGCUGCUGUCGAGGAGAAGCAGCGCACGAAGCGCAAGGAGGGCUGUGCCGCCAAGCCGAGGUGGUUCAAGCAGGCAGGCGAGAAUGGCUGGGAGUACGGCGGCGAUUACUUCGAGGCGAGGGAGAAGAAGACGUUCGAGGACCCCGAUAUCUUCACUUGACGUUGCCGGCCGGGCUCUGGCGCACACCUUGUAGACUAGAAGACGUCGCGAUGACAGAUCUUGAUCCGUUCAUGCU